ACACAAUAAAAUAUUUUUUUUAAAAAAAAAAGAAUCCAUGGGCUCUAUAUAUAAAUGAGAUGAUGUGUGGGAGGCACAUAAGUCAAAGCAAUUACUCUCUUUACUCUCACAACUCCAAACUUUCUCUCUUCUUUAAUUUCUUUUUUUUCCUUCCCCUCUCUCUCUAAAAAAUCUCUGCGACUACAUCUCAGAUUGACACAAAAACAAUCGGACGGCGCAGAUCGAGCGACCGGCGCGGCAAAUGGUGGACCUUCAGACGGUGUGUUGUAUGUGCGGUGACGUCGGGUUUCCGGACAAGCUCUUCCGCUGCUCCACCUGUCGCCGCCGCUUCCAGCACGGGUACUGUAGCAGCUACUACAGCGAAUACACGGAGCCAAUUCAAGUAUGUGAUUGGUGCCAAUGCGAGCAACGCACCUCCGGCGGCUCUUCCCGGAAAAUGGCCGCCGCCGGCACCAACCCCGGCACAAAACGGUCGGAGUUCUCCGGCAACAAAAUAAAAAACCACGACAACGACAAAGACUACGAAAGGCCGUCAGCGUCCAAGAACCCCACCGGUGGGGCCCCCUCGCCGCGCACUGCCGGCACCCGCCGUUACAAGCUGCUCAAAGACGUCAUGUGUUGAGCACUAGCUUAGCUACCAAGUUUAUGCAUAUGAUAAAGUGUUUGUGUAUGUAUGCAUGUGUCCUACUUCUAGUUCUUGUGCCAAAACAUAUCGAAUAUAAAUGAAAUAAAAUACUGUAAUAAAUGUACUUUUCUUGUGUGUGGUGUUCUGUUAUAAAAUACUGUAAUAAAGGUUUUAUACGGAG